AUGGAUGGAAUCGAAUCAAACCGACAACCCUGUACGAAGAAGCUAAAGAAAGAGGCUUUAGGGUUUGGGGAUGACAGGAUAAGCGAGUUACCUGAUGACAUCAUCUUCACUAUUCUCUCAUUCCUACCCUUGGAAGACGUUGUUUCCACUAGCCUUCUUUCACCACGAUGGUUGGAUUUGUGGAAGCAUAGUCCUUAUCUCGAAUUUUUCGACACUGAUGAUCUCUACCGAAUAAAGAGUGAUACAGAGCAUGCUUCGUGGGAUGUAGGGACAUGCAAGCAUGUCAAAAUGGUGAAUUCGGUUCUUGAAUCGCAUCAAGCCCUCUUCCUAAAACACUUCAGGCUUAAUUUCUAUGUAAACAAGUCUGCACAAAGCGUAGUCACCAAAUGGCUCGGAUUUGUCUGGUCGAGACAAGUUGAGAGCUUGAAUAUGAACUUCCGGUGCUACAAUGUAAAGCAUGCAGUUAUGUUAGAAGAUUUGUUGGGACAGAUGAGGCCAAUGAAAUAUCUCCAGAAUUUGUCGCUAAUCAUGAUGAAAGUAAGUGGUGAAGACAUCUCAUUGUUCCUAAAAAAUUGCCCUUUCCUUAGGAAAUUGAGAAUCGCACAUUCAUUUUUGACAUCUGACGUUCAUAUCUCCGGGGCAACUCUUGCAUUGGAGAAUCUUUGGAUAAUUGGAUGCAGCUUUAUGGAAUCCGUUGUAAUCAAUAUUUUUGCUCCAAAUGUUUUUAUGGUUUGUGUUGAUGCAAGACCGGGGAAACUUCGGUUCAAGAAUGUUCCAAGACUUGCAGAUGCAAGACUUAGAAUAACAGGUCCAACAUAUACAAUGGACCAUUUUACUUCUACCUUGUCCUGCUUGACUUCCCAACUCCAUAGACUUACCUUGGAUGGUCGCGACACUGACAAGCUUUUGGCGAAAGGGUUUCCUCAACUGCCUAAUCUCAAAGAAUUGUCCGUUGAGCUCACCUGUCUUUUGCCAGUGACUCAUGUGAUAUCGGCAUGUCCUCGUCUUCAUUGCUUCAUUUUCAUGGUUGGACAGGACAGAGUGGCCAAAAAAUUUGAAGAAUUCCCGGGAUUGGAUCUUGAGCUUGGAGAAGCAUUUGCGUUUCAGGGAUUUCUUGGCGAGGUCAGCGUGCAUGUGACGGUGGAUUUCAGCGGCAAGAUCGCGGGCGGCGGCGAUGUCAAUAAUUGUUGGUGUCAUUUGGAGGUCAUGAAGAUUGAAUGUGUUUCUUCCCCUAAAGGCGUCCUCCGCCGGGCUGUUCGCGGCGAUGACGGCGGUGGUGAACAAGCUCCAACCCUUGCAGCUCGCUGA